UAAGCUAUCAGUAUCAGAUAAGGUAUCUGUUUGGAGGCGCUGUACACCUUAUAGCAUGUGUUGUGUGAGAGAGCGAAUACACUCGGUUUUUGGAAACGUUUUCUGCAGAUCGAGCAAGCAAGAGAAAGCGAGAAAGAGAAAGAGAAAGAGAGCGAACGGGAAAAAGGAAAACAGCAAAGGCAAAAAAAAAAAAAAAGCAAAGGCGAAAGCAAAUCAUGGCCCCCAACCCUCUGAACCGCGAGCGAGAGGCCCGGAGAGAAGGGCCAUGGUGGCGAGUGUAUAGCCCAGUGCUCCUCUGCGUGGCCAUAAUGUGUACUGUGGCUGGUUACCUCGCCUACGUCGCCUAUGCCAGCACCCACGGGGCACAGGACACGAUAGUUGUGAUUCCGUCUAAUUGGUCGCUAAGGAAUGGAAACGGGACCAUCCAGGUUGGAGGCACUGUGCCAGGGGGGGUGUACACUGACCUCCUCUUGGCCAAUGUCCUGAGUGGGGGCGACUUCUACCAUCGCUUCAAUGAUUUCGAGUACCGUUGGGUAGCCAAUGAUAACUGGACCUAUUCUACGACUUUUGACGUUGACCCCAAAUUAGUGGAACAUGAACGAGUGGCACUGAUUUUUGAGGGUUUAGACACAGCAGCCGAGGUUGCAGUCAACUCCAAGACUGUGGGGGAGUCAAACAACAUGUUUGUCAGAUAUGUGUUCGAUGUGAAGGAUUACCUUGAGGGCACAACAGUAAAUCUCGAUGUUGCAUUCCGAUCACCCAGUGAGUAUGCCACCCAGAAGUACAAUGAACAGGCUGUAGACUACAUCGUUCCACCAAAGUGUGUGGAUCCAGCAUUCAAAGGGAUAUGCCACGCCAACCACAUCCGCAAGAUGCAGGCCUCUUUCAGCUGGGAUUGGGGUCCAGCCUUUGCCAAUUCGGGGAUUUGGAAAGACUGGCACUUAGUUGGAUGGAACUCUUUACUUGUCAGAAACAUUAUGUUUGCUGCCCGUCCUACGUCUCCUCUGCCUUCAGUCCCAGACCACAGUUUCAAACCUGGUUGGGAAGUCACUGUCAAGGUGUUGUGUGACUCAGCCAUUGAAAAAGGACAGAUGGAGGGAAGUGUGUAUGUGUCUCUGGCAGAUAUCUUUAGCAUGAAGUAUACAGUCACUGCUGCCAUUGAAGAGUAUGAGACAAUGCUCACCAUAAAUUUCACCCUUGAAGAGAACCAGGUAGACAUGUGGUGGCCCAAUGGUUAUGGUUCCCAGCCAUUAUAUGAACUGUCGGCUGUGUGGAAGAACAAGGACCAGAGCGAGGAGUCCAGUGCAAGUGUACGGGUUGGGUUCCGAACAGUAGAUCUGAACCAAGACUAUGUCGAUGAAACUGAUCCAGUCAAAGGUCGGCACUAUAGGGUGAUAGUGAACAAUAUUACAAUGUUUAUGAAAGGCACCAAUUGGAUACCUGCUCAUGUACUGCCAGAGAUGGUGACAGAACAUUACACAAGGGAACUUUUGAAGGCAGCGGCUGAUACUCAUCAAAACUGCAUUCGAGUGUGGGGUGGAGGCAUCUACGAGACUGAUGUGUUUUAUGAGAUUGCAGAUGAGCUCGGACUCCUCAUAUGGCAGGAUUUCAUGUUUGCUUGCAGUAUGUACCCUGUCGAUGAACCAUUCCUUGAGACAACAAAGAAGGAAAUCAAAACGCAGAUUCAGCGUCUUCAACAUCACCCAAGCAUUCUCCUCUGGGCCGGUAACAAUGAGAAUGAGGCUGCACUGAGGGGCAACUGGUAUGGAACAGCAUCGGACUUCGAUCUCUAUAAGAGAGACUACAUAAAGCUGUAUGUAGACACAAUAAAGGCCAUGGCAGUGGAAACUGAUGACAGUCAUCCUUUCGUCAUAAGUUCUCCAAACAAUGGUAUUGAAUCAGAGGAAGAAGGUCAUGUCGCCGUCAAUCCGUACAGUACUCUGUAUGGUGAUGUCCACUAUUACAAUUACCUGAGUGAUGCUUGGCUUGGUCAUGCUACGCCAAGAACGAGGUUUGCCUCUGAGUAUGGCUUCCAGUCUUGGCCUGUCUUCAGGACAAUGAAGGCAGUGACUGCAGAAGAGGACUGGAACCGAGAGUCAGCUAUGAUGUACCACCGUCAGCACCACCCAGGAGGACAGGCAGAACUAGCAUUGCAAAUUGGCUUACAUAUGCACAUGCCUCCCCAAGACGGAUCUGUUGAAGUCUAUGAACAUUAUCUCUAUCUCAGCCAGAUUCACCAGGCAGUGGCUGUAAAGACUGAAACAGAAUUCUACCGUCGUGCGAUGAGCGAUCUGAAUGAGAAAGGAGAAGGGUACACAAGUGGAGCUCUUUACUGGCAGCUAAAUGAUAUCUGGCAGGGAGCUUCUUGGGCCUCCAUAGAGUAUGGCGGUCGCUGGAAGAUGCUUCACUAUUACGUUAAGAAAUUCUUUGACCCAGUCCUUGUCUCGAUGUAUGUGGAGAAUGAAAAGUUGUUUGUCUACAUAGUGAGUGAUCUUGUACAUCCUGUUGAUGAUCUGCGACUGGUGAUUGAUCUGCAUCGUUAUGACAGGAAGGAGAGAGUUCACAAUAUAAAUGAUACUGUUCUUGUUUCCCCAUCUGCGGCCAGUUUAGUUAUGGAAAUAGACAUGUGGCAAGACCUUCAAAUGGAUCAGCUGUGCACAUAUGAUCUCUAUGAUGAAGAAGAUGUUUGCUUUGUUGUGUCACAUCUUUACCAUUCCAACGGUUCUCUUGCGGCACCGGAUAAUUUCCUCUUAUUUGGAAAGCCAAAAGAUGCUUUCUUACCCCAAGCUGUAGUCUGGUUGAACAACCUCUCCGGCCCGACCCAAACCCAACGCAGUAACUGGACCUUCAGCAUGACUGUCAAGAGCGACGAGGUAGCACUCUUUGUGUGGCUCGAGUUGGACUGCCCUGGUGUCUUCUCGGAUAAUGGAUUCCUAAUGACGGGGGAUGUGGAGGUGGAAUUUUAUGCCUAUGAGGAGAUUACUCUCACUGAGAUAGAGGAAAGCAUCUCUGUCGUUUCUCUUACUGAUACGUAUAGCAAAGAGAGGGUGUCUCUGAACCUCAUUGACAGAGCUUUUCAUCCAUAUGACUUUAUGUAUGUAGUUCAUAUCUGAAAAAGAGAUAUUUAGCACCUGGAAGUUCUGAUUGAUAUUAGUUACAUUGUGUGAUGAAUAUACUAAUUAAGUUAGCAUUGUUUUUAUGAUAUUUUGAAAACAAGUUGGUGUCUUGGGAAGUAUAUAGACAGGUUGCAGUGAGGCUUAUUUGGGGAGGGUAUAUCAUAAAUAAAUUGACAUUAUAUUACAUCAUAGAACAUUUAACAAGUCCUUGUACCUGAUAUGUGAAAUAAAGGGCAUACUUUA